AUGGCUCAACUGUCAGCAAAUGAUGUGCCGCCCUCGCCCACCAACGCCGGCACCUCGUCUCCUAACAGUUGCGCUGAAAUCGCGGAACUUCUCUCUCGCCUUCAGCUGAACUCCUCGCAGCUACAAGAGCUCUUCGUGGCUCUUACCGAUAUCGCCACCGGUCUCAACAAGCCUACUGCUCAAGCCACGGACGACACACUCAAUGUAAUCAACGCCGAAGACGUGCCCCAAGACGUCUCCAGCAGCGACGAAGAUACCAAACCCGCGAGUGGUUUACCAACUACCACUGCCCCAUCUGCCAUUGCGGCUGAGCCUACUAUUGAGUCUUCCCUGGCACCAUCCAACAGAGUUUGUGACACCGUGCCGGAUGGACCAUCCAUUGUUACCACCAGUCCCUCCGCUGUCACUCCUACGGGCGCAGCCAUCGUUGUGGCACCCGCGGCACCUGUCCCCAUCGCAGCACCUACCACCACAUCCACUACCAGGCUUUUUAACGGGAUCAGCUACCAAUACCCCGCUGAAGACGCUUCCGGUCCGUAA